UUGCAGUUCAGUACGAGGCAUGAUGGUGCUUUGGAUUAUUGCUUUACGUCGUGUAUGCUGUCAUUGGCAAGACAAACCUUAAGCAUGGAAUUUCAACAACGAUAUUUUUCUUAACUCAAGCAUUCGGGAUAUCCCGACAAUGGCGAAGAAAAUUGCAUCACAUUUCAACAAUGUUGGAAUUCCUGAUAAUAUGAAUUACGCUAUGUUCGUGAUGGUGAAAAUUUUCUGCAUUGCUGGACUUUGUGCCUCAGCCAUAUUAUGGCUUUCAAUUGACUUGGUCAACGCUGCUGGGUCCAAGUAUAAAUUCACAAACAUUAAGUGUCAAGAUCAUGACAAAUCCUUCUCCCACUUCGAGCAAUGCCAGUUGAAAGUUGUAAAACGCGGCGUUGUUACCCUCAAUGUCAGAGUUGAUUUGUACAAAUCCCCCGUAACAAAUAGCACGAUGAAUGUGACAAUUUUGAAAAAGUCUAAUGGUUAUAGGGCAAUUAUCCCCAAUACCACCAUUGAUGUUUGUGAAUAUUUCAAAAACACCAAACGUUUUCCCAUCAUUAGAAUGAUUUUUGCUAUAUUUGAGGAGGCUUCAAAUUUGAAUCAUACAUGCCCAUACUAUGAUUCAAUUAUAAUCAAGGACUUGCUGUUGGAAGAGAAAAAUUUCGUCAUGUUUCCCUUUCCCCCCGGUGAUUACCAAUAUUUGGCAAACAUCUACGCAUACAAUGAUUUGAAGGCAACCAUUCAAGUAUUUUCCACUAAAUCUGUUUAACAUCAAUGUAGU